AUGGCCAAGGCCCGUAACCAUGGAGCCCACCGAGACGACUCCCAUCCGGGCGCUCCAGGCCCAAGCGAAGAGGACAGAAGUCUCCUUACUGACGAUCCCCUCUCUCACCCUGAUAAUCACCACGCAGGUGCUGGCGGCGACUACUUUGUAGCAAAACCACAGCCGCAAGGCGCGCAGCCGCUCCGUCAAGCCCUCCGCUCCCCAGGAACGCCGCGCACUCCGAACCGCGUCCGCUUUGAUCCUAUCCCCUCCAUUGUCGAACCACCACCCCCGCGCGCCUCCACGACGAGCAAUGGAUCCAUAGAUCACCUGAGUCGCGACAGCUUCGAUGUCGACGAUGAGCUCUUUCAGCAUGCGCCCGACUAUGACGACAACCACCGUCUGCCUCUGUUGACCGACAUCGAAGCCCCUUCCAUUACCUUGGCGAAUAGUCCUUGGGGAGAAGAGGAUGUACACGAGUGGGCGGAGGCCGAGCGCAGCCGCCCCAAGUCGGGGUUGAAGAUGGCUUUCAUGAACAUGGCGAACUCAAUCAUCGGGGCUGGCAUUAUUGGACAACCAUAUGCUUUCAAGCAGGCAGGAUUAUUGGCGGGCAUCAUACUGCUCGUCGUGCUGACGGUUAUUGUGGACUGGACAAUUUGCUUAAUCGUCAUAAACAGCAAGCUAUCUGGGAGCAAUAGCUUCCAGGGUACGGUGGAGCACUGCUUUGGCAGGACGGGGUUGAUUGCCAUUUCGGUUGCGCAGUGGGCGUUUGCCUUUGGCGGCAUGGUAGCAUUUGGCAUCAUUGUGGGCGACUCAAUACCGCACGUUCUGACGGCCAUCUGGCCAGACCUGAGAGAGAUGCCCGUGUUAGGCCUUUUGGCGAACAGGCAGGUUGUCAUUGUGGUUUUUGUACUGGGCAUCAGCUACCCCUUGACGUUGUACCGGGAUAUUGCCAAGCUGGCCAAGGCAAGCACGUUGGCUCUUAUAAGCAUGGGCGUCAUUGUCGCGACGGUUGUGAUUCAGGGUGCUCUAACUCCCAAGUCUGAACGGGGCUCUUUUUCGCCCGCCCUCCUGACUAUAAACGGCGGCAUUUUUGAAGCCAUUGGCGUGAUCUCAUUUGCCUUUGUGUGCCACCAUAACUCGCUCCUGAUUUAUGGAUCUCUGAAAACGCCCACCAUAGACCGCUUUUCCCGUGUGACGCAUUACUCUACGGGCAUCUCAAUGGUCGCCUGCCUCCUAAUGGCCCUCGCUGGCUUCCUCACCUUCGGCGACAAGACGCUCGGCAACGUCCUUAACAACUUUCCCUCGGACAAUGUUAUGGUCACCAUCGCCCGCCUCUGUUUCGGCCUCAACAUGCUUACCACCCUACCCCUCGAGGGCUUUGUGUGUCGUGAGGUUAUGUUUAACUAUUUCUUCCCCGGGGAGCCCUUCAACAUGAACCUACAUCUCAUCUUCAGCUCCAGUCUGGUAGUGUCAGCCAUGAUCCUCAGUUUGUUGACGUGCGACGUCGGCACUGUCUUUGAGCUCGUGGGAGCCACUUCGGCCUGCGCUAUGGCGUACAUUCUCCCGCCGCUGUGUUAUAUCAAACUUACUACCCGCUCUUGGAAGACGUACGUUGCUAUGGCCAUUGUUGCGUUUGGAACCUUGGUUAUGGUGAUUAGUCUGAUACAGGCAGUCGCCAAGAUGAUAAGAAACGAAGGCGGUCCGGCCCAGUGCAUGUAA